AGACAGGCAGAGACAGGCGGAGGGGCCAGACAUAACAGUGGGAGCGUCGGACACUGUUGGGAAACGGAAGACUUCGGUAUUAAACGCGGAUAGCGGUAGCUGCACCUCAGGAAGGCUCCAUAAUGGUUCCUCCUUUCUCGUAUAGUAUUGGUAGUCACAGUUUACUACUUUUCUUGGUCUUCUGUAUGCCCAUCACUGGUACCCAAGGUGAAUGUGGCCCUCCUCCAAAGAUGAAUCACACGGAACCAAUUACGGGAGAUUCCUUUCCUAUAGGACACACUGUGGUAUAUUCCUGCGAUAGGACUAGUGGUUACUAUGAGAUACCUGAAAACAGCAAAACUAUAACCUGUCUGGAUGAUUCCACAUGGUCACAAAUUUCUGAACUCUGCAUACGUGCUUGUGAGCCCCCACCUAGACUUCAAUAUGGGGAGCUACAACAGAUAUAUGUCCUUAUGAACAUCUUUCGCAGUGGUCUUAAAGUGUCUUAUAAGUGUAGACCUGGUUACACUCGUGUUCCUGGCACCUCAAGUUCUGUUACUUGCAUGGACGACUUUACAUGGUCUACUCCUGCAGAGUUCUGCAAGCUAAGGAGUUGUGGUAAUCCUGGAGACAUUGAUAAUGGAGAACUGGAGGCCACAGAUUUUUUGUUUGGCUCUAGAGUAACUUAUAGAUGUAAUGAAGGGUAUAGGAUGAUCUCAAGAAGGAACUAUAGAGAUUGUGAAGCAGAUGGAUCAUGGAGUAAUAUUGCUCCCCAAUGUGAAGCACAAAUUUGUACGCCCCCUGAACAACUUAUCAAUGGAAGCUUUAAUCCAUACAAAGAUGAGUACAGGUACCAGGAAGCUGUGACAUUUUCAUGCAACAAAGGUUUAACUCUUUUUGGUGAAUCUUCUAUAUUCUGUAGUGCUAACGGGACCUGGAGUUCUCCUACGCCUACCUGCAAAGUGGUAAGUUGCCAGGAUCCUUUGGUCCCUAGCUCGAUAAGGUUGUCUGGAUUCGUAGGACCAUACACACUGAAUUCUGCUGUGAGAUUUGAGUGUGUUGAGAAUUUGCUUAUGAAUGGAUCUGACUCUGUCGUAUGCAAUAUUCACAGUCAAUGGGAGCCUCCAUUACCCGAGUGCCUGAAUGGCUGCAGUUCACCUCCUGAUGUUAAGAGUGGGUCGCUUAAACCAGAUUAUGCGGCUCAGAACAUCUUCCGUAAAGAUGCAACAAUAGAAUACUCAUGCCUGCCUGGAUUUACUGCGGAGUCUGGAAUUACUAGGACCUGUAUGGGUCAACGCUCUUGGUCUGACCCUAGCUCAUCGUGUUCAGCAAUUACCUGCCCAAACAUUGGUGUAAUUGCUGGUGGAUCAUACAUGCCACAAAAGGACAAAUACGAGUAUCAGGACACUGUGACGUUCACGUGCAACCAUGGCUUCAAACGUUCUGGAGUGGAGUCUGCCCAGUGCACAAUUAAUGGAGUGUGGACAUCUAACUUUCCUGAGUGCAGAGCAAUAACUUGUACAUCACCUCCUAAUAUCACCGAUGGAUCGUAUGUACCACAAAAACAUACAUAUGAAUACCAUAACACAGUGGAGUACGCAUGCAACCCCGGACACAUACUGUUUGGAGAAAAGACUGUGCAGUGCGUAAAUGAUGGAACCUGGAGUCGUAAUCCCCCAAAGUGUAAAGGUGUGUAUCAUAAUUAUUUAUUGUUCGUAUAA